AUGUACCGGGCGGCGGCGGCGGCCAUCUCGAGGUCCUCCUCAGCGCUGCGGAGGCAGCUCGCGCAGGGCGCGGGCGGGGAGCCGCCGCCUCUGUUGGCGCGGGGGUAUGCGGCCACGGCGAAGGAGGGCAUCAACGACCUCGCCGACGCCGUCAAGGUCACCAUGGGCCCCAAGGGGCGCACUGUGAUCAUCGAGGGGUUCUGUAAAGGUCCCAAGGAGAUGGAGAACCCUCUGAUUCUUAUCCAUGACAAGAAAAUCUCAAAUAUGGAUUCUCUCCUUCUAGCAUUAGAAAUUUCUAUCAAGGUUAUUAGCGAGGAACGAGGUCUUGAUCUUGGCAAAGUUCAAUUACAAAUGCUUGGCACUGCUAAAAAGGUAACUGUAUCUCUUGAUGAUACUAUCAUCCUAGAUGGUGGAGGUGACAAACAGCGGAUAGAGGAGAGGUGCCAACAGCUUAGAGAAUCAAUUGACACAAGCAUUGCUGUAUUUGACAAAGAAAAGGCCCAAGUGCAUUUAUCAAAGUUAUCUGGAGGUGUUGCUGUCCUCAAGAUUGGUGGAGCUAGCGAAGCUGAAGUUGGUGAGAAAAAAGAUAGGGUAACAGAUGCUCUAAAUGCUGCGAGGGCUGCUGUGGAGGAGGGCAUCGUGCCAGGUGGUGGAGCCGCCCUUCUUUAUGCCACCAAGGAGCUCGACAAGAUUAGCACAACAAAUGAGGAUGAAAAGAUUGGAGUUCAAAUUAUCAAGAAUUCUUUGAAGGUGGGUCUCUUCUAG